UGGGAUUUAACGCGCGCACAAAAACCGUUUGGCUGGAUUUAGCGUAAAUCCAACUUAUUACGCUGUAAAUCCGAUACCAAACAGCCCCAAAUUGAUGACGAACUAAAAACAAGCCAAAUAAACUGCCCUACCUACGAUGAUUACCUUGGGCAUAAGAGAUCUCAUCGUGUCUUUUAGUCCCUCUUCGGAUUUCUUGGCCAUUGCUUCCGCCGAUGGAAGACUUAAGGUUUGGGAUGCAUUAAAAGGUCAACUGCAGACUGAAUUUUCCGAUUUUAGGCCAAAAUCUGAUGGUUCAGAAAUUCUAUUUGAAUCGAAAAAGGGGCACCUUGCGCUGAAUUUCAAGUGCAUGAAAUGGGUGCAGUUGGAAAGCAAGAAGAAAAAGAUGCAUGUGAAUUCAUUGCUGGUACUGGGAACCGACAGUGGUGAUGUUUUGGCGGUGGAAGUGUCUACUGGUCAGUUAAGAUGGAGAGUCUGUGAUUGCCAUUCUGGGGGUGUCAGUGCUAUCUCAUUCUCUAGUCACAAUUCAUUUUUGUACACAGCUGGUCUUGAUGGUAUGGUUUGCCAGAUUGAUUGCUCAAUUGGGAGCGUUAUCAGGAAAUUUAGAUUAUUUACAAAGGGAAUCUCAACUAUGGCAAUUUCUGCAGAUGGCAAUAUGCUAGCUGCGGCUGCUGGGUUGUUGAAGAUAUUUAGUUGCACAGACAAUGAGAAGAUACAAAAGUUCUCCGGCCAUCCGGUUUCUGUAAGGUGUAUGAUCUUCAGUGAAGAUGGAAAGUAUAUCUUAACUUCAGGAGUUGGUGAGAGACACAUUGCUAUUUGGAAAAUUGAUGGAGGGAAAAAGAAGAGUGCCAGCUGUGUUCUCUCAAUGGAUCAUCCAGCCGUUUUUCUAGACAGUCGGGGCUCAGAUAAAGAGGGUAGCAUGGUUCAAGAUUUGUAUGUUUUGGCACUUUCAGAGAUUGGUAUUUGUUAUUUCUGGUAUGGAAGUAGCAUUGAAGAACUACAAAAUGCAAGGCCUACCAAAAUCUCACUGUUAAUUGAAUCUUCUCUCGUAAAGAGAAACAAUAGUCAAGCAGUAUUUGCUGCGAAACUUGAUGGCAUAGUUAGAUCUGCUACUGUGUCAGUUCAUGUUGCGUAUGGAUCCUUGAUAAAGCCCUCUUUUGAGAAACUUACAGUUGAAAAUGGCGUUGACAUGAGCUUGAAUAUGUCUAAGGAGGGUGUUCUUUUUCCUAUCAGUCAGUCUUACAUCUCUAAGAAAGGACAAGUGGUUAAUGCUGCAGUUACUACUCUAGACCGUGCCAAUGCUGAAGAUGCUAUUCUUCCAAUUGCAAAGCUACAUGUUAAUGAAAAAAAGAGAAAGUAUAGCACACCCUAUCCAGCUGUUGAUUUUGAGAAAGCAAAGUUUGACCUUGAUACAAACAAGAGAAAGAGUUCCUCUUCACCUAACAAAGUUCCAAUGCAAAGAACGGAAGUGGAUGAACCAAUGUGUAUUGAAGAUAGGCUUAGAGCAGCAGGGCUUAUCGAUGGUGAAGAAAAACUUGAGGGUAAAGAUUUUUCUAAUGGCUUUCAUGAUGUCACCAUGUAUGAAAAACUUGACGUCACCAUUGAUGGUAACUUGCCAAGAAGAAAGAUGACAAGAUUUAAAUCAGCAGCCAUUCAUCCAUUGUUAAAGCUAUCAGGCCGUCUUCAACUAAUAAUGGCUCAGAUUGACAAGGCCUGGACUAGCCUACCUGCAAUGCAAUUAGUAGAGAAAUUUGUUGAUGUUAAUGAAGAUGGGGAGGAUGAUGAAGAUGAUGAUGGAGACAUUGAUGAGGUGAUUUAUGAUGAGGAUAGUGAAAGUGGCUGUGAUGAUUAAGUAAAGAUUGGGCUAUUAAAUUUACUGGCACAAAUGAAGAUCAGGUAGAUGGCACUGAAGAUAUAUAUUUAUCAGGACUGAUAAAUUUAUAAACAGAAUAAAAAUUUUGUGCUAUUGGCUAGCUCUGUGGCUAAGCCAUGGCUCCAUUUUUGUUAGUCAGGUUCUUCUCUUAUUGCUAGCUAGGAUUCCUUUAUUGAAUUUGUAAAAGAAAAGCAAAGUUUCAAAAUGCCAUUAUUGAUCCAUUUUAUGGGUUAAUUUUAUUAUUUUAUGGAUAACUUGUUGAUUUUACUA